GGCGAAGGAGUGAACUUUUUGGAAAUAAUCACAGUAUACUCAGUAUAUCGCCGUCGUAUUAAGGUACUUGUACAGGAAUCCCAUUACAUCCACGAUAGAAGAUCUGGACAUUACAAUAGUUGUUGCACAAGUAUAUUACAUCCUAACUAGAUUACGUAGUAUCUGCAUCAUACCCCUUCAAGAUGGAGGGGGAUAUGAGAGACAACAAGGAUGUCUCAUGCUAUUUUACCACUAAACACUCAUGGCGAGGAAAAUAUAAAAGAAUAUUUUCAGUUGGAACAAAAGGAAUUAGAACUUAUAAUCCUGGCAGCUUAGAAAUUACAAAUCAGUGGGCAUAUAACACUGAUUUUUGUGGCAUUUCACCAAACUUUAAAGCUCAAACAAAUACAGAGUUCUGCAUAACAUUCAAGAAAGGCAAGAAAAAUGAGACUAUGAGGUUUUCUACGGAGCACAGGGCGGACGUUCUCACAGAAGCAUUGCAUUUUUUCACUGCAUUUGCUGAUUACAAAAAAGGUUCAGAAAAGAGGUUUAAUGCUGUUAAACACCAUUGGAGUGAAAAGAGAAUACCUGUGAUUUUAGAAAUAGCACCUGCAGCCUUAAUUCAAAAAGACCCCUCAUCUAAUAGAACUUUGGCACGAUAUGACUACAAAGAUAUAGAAGGGUUCACACUAUUGUCAGAUUAUCCUGGUGGAUUUGCCAUAAUACAUGGAGGGUUCUCUCGACUGCAUUUGUUUGCUAGUGAACAGCGUGACGAACUGAUAAAGUUAGCCAUAGAAUACUCUGGUAACCAUAUUGGUAUUUCGUUAAGAUUACGAAAAGAUCCGAUCACUUUUGAACAGUUUGCAGUUCAUCGACUCGGAAAGUAUGGCAAUGAUGAAAGCCUAACAUCACUUGCAGAGUUCAGCGUACAGAAAUUGACAAACAGGCAUCCGGAACCUGUGAAGCGAGUGUUAGCUUUGACAGAGACGUGCAUAGUUGAAAGAGAUCCAGCCAGUUAUGCUGUAGUUACUGUGAAGCCUCUGUGUGAUUUAAGUAUACAAUUUUUAGCUGUACCCCCUAAUAACAAUUUUGCGGAAGCUGUAUUUAUGUUUAAUAACAACAUAUCAUAUAGUGGUCUUCUGCAUGCAGUGACACAGGAUGGUUUCUUUGCUGAAAACAAAGAGAAACUCAUCAAUGGUGCAUUAGCUGCGUUACUCAUUUAUGAAGGUGAUCAGAAAUCGAUAUCAUCACGAGAAUUAGAAAGUCAAUUCCAUGCACUAAGAAGACUGGUAGCAUCUAAAGCAGGAUUCCAAGCCUUCACUAAGUUACUAAAGUUCCGUGAGAAGGUUGGUUUGAAAGUUGUAAAGGCAUUACAACGACAAGAUGACGGUGUUACUCAUGCUGCUGUAGAUAUGUUAUGUGCUCUUAUGCAGCCAAUGCACGAUGAUUAUGAACUAAGGCAAGAACAACUCAAUAAAUCAUCCUUAUUGUCAUCAAAGAAAUUUCUUGAAAGUUUAUUGGACUUAUUUAAUGUCCAUGUGGCUAGAGGUACAGGAGCAUUGGUUAUCUCGGCAUUGCUGGAUUUCUUGACCUUUGCCCUUUGUGCACCGUAUAGUGAAACCACCGAGGGUAACCAAUUUGAUAUGUUGCUUGAAAUGGUGGCUGGACAAGGCAGGAUAUUAUACAAACUAUUUCAGCUCUACUGAUUGGCUGUAAUUCUAAAAAAAAGCUAUGUUGUUCCUAAUUCUUACAAUCAAAGAUGAUGUUACAUGUUAUUGGUUUUACAGGAAGGUGAUCAAGAGAUAGCUGCCAAGAUGCAAGAUUUAGCUUUAGCGGAAGGAGCAUUACCAAAGCAUCUACAUAUAUCUAUGUUUACUACUAGUCAUGAUUAUAGAAUGCUAGCAAAUAGACAACUUAGUAGACACCUGGUAGCACUUUGGGUUACUGGCCAUCCUACAGCAAUGAGUUUACUUAGAAGGUUAAUGCCAGCUGGUUUGUUAGGAUAUUUAGAUUCAAAUGAUCCUGUACCAUCAGAACAAGACAUGUUACAUACAAGAGACAACGUCAAAGUGGCACAGGACCAGUCUAACAGAGGUCGUAAGAAUCCACAGUUACAGCAAAUUGAAAACGUUUUGCUUCAUUGGAAAGCGAAAAUAAUGCAAGAAAAGAAAAAAUCUGAUAACAUGCCGAAACCAAUUGUGUUAAGGAAACGAAGGCAGAGAAUAAAGAGUGAAGCAAAUUGGGCACUCUUCUAUUACAAGUUCAGUCAAGAUCAUGCAAAAUCCAACCUCAUUUGGAAUCACAAGACACGUGAGGAAUUACGUGAUGGUCUGGAAGGGGAGAUGAGAGCGUUUAGCGUUGACAAAGAUCUUGGCGGAUCACACACGAUCUCCUGGAAUCAUGCCGAGUUUGAAGUGAGAUACGAGUGCCUUGCUGAUGAGAUUAAAAUUGGUGAUUACUACUUGCGCCUCUUGUUGGAAGAAGAGGAAAAUGAAGAAACACGUGCAAUAAAAAAAUCAUAUGAGUUUUUUAAUGAUUUAUAUCAUCGGUUCUUAUUAACCAAUAAGAUUCCAAUGAAAUGUAUGUGUCUACAAGCUAUGACAAUUGUGUACAGUAAAUGUUAUGAAGAGAUUGGUGCCUUUAAUGAUACAAAGUACAUAGUCGGCAUGCUAGAAAGGAGCACUGAUAAACUGGAGAGGGAUCGGUUGAUUGGAUUUCUGAAUAAAUUAAUUAUGAAUAGAAGGAAUGUGAAAGAAAUGAUGGAUGCUAAUGGAAUCAAAAUACUAGUAGAUUUAUUGACGUUAGCACAUUUACAUACAAGUAGAGCUACUGUACCACUACAGACAAAUGUGAUUGAAGCAUCACCAGACAUGGAAAGAGACACAGAGAAGGAAUGGUACUUUGGUAAUGUUGAAAAGGAAAGACUUGGACCGUAUAGUUUUAAAGAGAUGAAGGAUUUUUGGGAAGAUGGUCGCCUUAAUCCCAAGACCAAAUGCUGGGCCCAAGGAAUGGAUGGUUGGAGACCACUAUACACAAUACCACAGUUAAAGUGGUGUCUCCUAGCAACUGGACAGGCUGUGAUGAAUGAAAGUGAUUUAGCCACAUUAAUAUUAAAUAUGUUAAUAAAAGUAUGUGAAUAUUAUCCUAGCAGGGAUAAUGACGGUGCCAUAGUUCGUCCAUUGCCAAGACCAAAACGAAUAAUUAGUGAAGCAACAUGUCUUCCUCAUGUAGUGCAGCUACUAUUGACCUUUGACCCUGUAUUGGUAGAGAAAGUUGCCUUGUUGUUGUACCACGUGAUGUUUGAUAAUCCGUCGUUACCACGGCUGUAUUUGACGGGUGUGUUCUUCUUCAUACUUAUGUAUACCGGCUCUAAUGUAUUGCCAGUUGGCAGAUUUCUCCAGUAUACUCAUGUAAAGCAAGCAUUCCGAGCUGAAGAGAGUAAAUCAUCGGAUGUGAUGCAGAGGAGUGUCCUAGGUCCUUUAUUACCAGAAGCCAUGGUACACUAUCUUGAAAACCAUGGAGAUGCUAAGUUUGCUGAAAUAUAUCUUGGGGAAUUUGAUACUCCAGAAGCUAUAUGGAGUACAGAAAUGAGGCGAAUGAUGAUAGAGAAGAUAGCCGCUCACAUCGCUGACUUCAGUCCCAGGUUACAAAGCAACACGAGGGCAUUAUAUCAAUAUUGCCCUAUACCAUCCAUACAAUUUCCACAGCUGGAGAAGGAAUUAUUCUGCAAUAUCUACUAUCUACGCCAUCUUUGUGAUACGCAGAAAUUUCCAAAUUGGCCAAUCAGGAACCCUGUGAAACUGUUGAAAGAUAUUCUUGAAGAAUGGAAGAAAGAAGUUGAGAAGAAGCCAUCAUCAAUGUCAAUGGAGGAAGCAUAUAAGACUUUAAAUCUCAACAAAGACCAAGGACGGUAUGAUGAAAGUCAGAUCAGAAAAGCGUACUUCAGAUUGGCUCAACGUUACCAUCCCGACAAGAACCCUGAUGGACGAGAUAUGUUUGAGAAAGUCAACAAGGCAUAUGAGUUUUUAUGCAGUAAACAGAGCGUGACAAGUGGUCCUGAUCCAGAGAAUAUAGUUCUCAUAUUACAAGCACAAAGUAUAUUAUUUAACAGACAUAAAGAUGAUUUACAACCAUAUAAGUAUGCUGGAUAUCCUAUGCUUAUAAAGACGAUACGCAUGGAAACCAACGAUGAUAAGUUAUUCUCUAAGUCGGCACCGCUAUUGGCUGCAGCAGCAGAGUUAGCGUACCAUACUGUGAACUGUUCAGCUCUCAAUGCUGAGGAGUUAAGACGGGAACAAGGAAUCGAGACACUGCAUGAUGCCUUUGCCAGAUGUGUAGCUGUUCUCAGUGUGUCUACAAAACCAGAAGAGAUGGCAGUGCAGGUGUGUACGCAUGUGAUACGAUGUUACGCUGUAGCUGCUCAGUUUGGUGCUUGUCGUGAAAAAAUUAUGGAAAUGCCAAGUAUUAUAAAAGAUCUAUGUAGAACACUGUAUUAUAAAAAUCUACCGUUACUUUGUUCAGUUGCAGCGGAGUGUGCAAGUGCACUCUGUGUAGACUACUAUCUACAGAACCAUUUACUACAGGCAGGCGUCAUAUGGCAUCUCAUGAUCUAUCUAUUCAACUAUGAUUUCACAUUGGAAGAGUCUGGAGUAGAGAAAAAACAAGAAUCAAACCAACAGGAAGUGGCUAAUAAUCUGGCUAGAUUAAGUUUUCAUGCUUUAGGAAGACUUGGUGGAUAUUUAGAUGAUGUUGAUAGAACUCCUGAGAACCCAGCUGUGCGGAAGUCAUUGUGUGCUAUGUUAACAGCGUAUCUAGCCAGACAACUGUGUACAGAGAAUCCCAAUGAUGUGUUGAAAAUACUGAAUAGUAAUACAGAGAAUCCGUAUUUGAUUUGGGAUAACGGUACAAGAGCUGAACUUUUGGAAUUUGUGGGACGAGAACAACAAGACAAAAUAAGAACUGGUGAAUGUGAUCCGUCGUACGGUGCUGACUUUAUAUUUUCUAUACAUGCCAAAGAAUUAGUUGUGGGUGAGAUAUUUGUUAGAGUGUAUAACGAACAACCAAUGUUUCCAUUGGAGGAUGCCAAGGAAUUCACUAUCAAGUUAUUAGAUUUUCUUGGAUCACAAGCGCAGUAUCUGUAUUCAUUGAUGGCAUUGAAGUCUGGUGGUCUGGACAAAAGUAAUAAUACACCGCAACAAAACAAACGAUUACACCAUGUAGAGAUGGCAUUAGAAGCACUCAGUAAUGUCAUAAGAAAUAAUGCUGGUUGUGAGAUUCAAUGCAUAGGACAUUUCAAGUUGAUGUUUUCACUGCUCAGAAUACAUGGUGCUGGCAAGGUUCAACAACUAGCAUUGGAGGUGAUUGCUGGUGUUACAGGCAACCAAGACUGUGUUAAUAAUAUAGCAGAUUCUGAUGUCUUGGUGUAUCUAUUAUUGGUCUUAGAAACACUGCCAUCUGGUCGUUUAACAGUACUAGAGACAUUACAUGCACUUUCUUCUAGCACUAAGAUUAUUAAAGAGGCCAUGGCAAAAGGGGCUUUGAUCUAUCUAUUACAUCUGUUCUGCAACUCCACCAACCCAAAUGUGAGAGAGCGAACAGCAGAGUUAUUCUGUAAGAUGACAUCAGAUAAAUUGACUGGACCUCGUGUUCGUAUUAUCCUGUCUAAGUUUUUACCGACUAUCUUCAUGGAUGCGAUGAGAGACAGCGCAGAAGCCAGUGUGCACAUGUUUGAAGGUACUCAUGAGAAUCCAGAGUUGAUAUGGAACGAAGAAUCAAGAGAGAAAGUCUCAGCGACCGUGAAAAGUAUGAAAAAUAAACAUUACAAAGUGCAGAAAGAUAAUCCUGAUGCUCAGUGGAAGUUACCAGAAGACUUUGCCGUGGUGUACACAGAUGUAGAAGGUGAAUUGAUUGUGGGGAGUGUUUAUUUGAGACUUUUUAUUGCCCAGCCCAGCUGGGUGCUGAGGAAACCGAAAGAAUUCAUGGUAGAAUUGAUGCAGAAAUAUGUGGAGUUGAUAUCAAUGCGAGCGCCUGAUGGUGAAGUGUUGGAGACUGUCACCACAGCUGUAGUUUGUUUAUUUAUGGCACAGCCACUUCUAGCUGACCAGCUACCUCCACUGGGACACAUCACUAAAAUAUUCCAGUGUAUGAGUUCUAGAAAUGAUGCCAUACCCAAGUCGACUCUCAAAGUUGUAUUCCAAAUUGCAGACAGCAAGGUAUGUGUACGUGCCAUGGCACAGACAGAGUGUAUUGGUCAGAUUAUUAUGGGUAUGAAAAUCAGGCGUGAUAUGAUUGGACUGGCCUGUGAGGCUUUACAUAAAAUGUUCCAGAAACAGAAUGAUGAAUUAGUGGCUCAGGCAUUGAGAGUUGACUUGGUGCCAAUUCUACUCAGGUUAUUGGACUCUGGGUUAGAGAUGAUAGACAAUCCUGCUGCUACAAAAGCACAGAUCGUGAAAACUUUAAAAGUAAUGUCACUCAGUAUUGCACAUGGAGAAGAGAUAAAUAACUUAUUGGAUAAAUCUGAUGUUUGGAAUUCUUUUAAAGACCAGAAACAUGAUUUAUUCAUCAGUGAUUCCUCAAUACAGGGGUAUCUCACAGGACCUGGAGUGGCUGGUUAUUUGACACAGGGUACAGCUAGCAGCAUGCCUGAUGCACCGCCUCCUAUGGACACGAGCCAUGAUGAAAUUCGUGAAUAG